UUUGGACAAUAAAUGAGUUUCAUGUCUCCGGGUAUUUUCAGUAUAAAUGUUUGUGUUCUUAAUAAAGAAUCAAGCAACAAUUCUACUAGCUUGCAUCUACAUUUCUCCCCAGAAAUUAUAGUAAAGCAUAGACAAUGAGAGGAACAUUGGUGUUGAGUUGGAUUCUGAUCAUCUGCCUCUCCCUAGUAGCAGUGCAGAGCGAAUACUACUCGGAGACCCGACCAGUACAUCAUCACAAGCCAGCUAAGGAAACCAAUCUUCACUUCUUUAUGCACGAACAUACGGGUGUUACAGCAGUCGUGGUAGCCCAAGCUAACAUCACAAGCAAUAAUUCAUCAGUGCCAUUUGCCUCCCUAGUUGCCGUUAAUGAUCCCCUCAGGACUGGUCCUGAGCCUGACUCGAAGGUGAUUGGAAAUGUUCAGGGUAUUGCGCUCCUGGCUGGAAUGAAUGCAUCGAGCACACAAUACAUUGAUUUUGGAUUCAAUACCGGUAAGUUUAACGGCAGCUCUCUAAGCGUAUUUUCAAGGGGAGAACCUGGGCUAGCGGUGGUCGGAGGAAGAGGACGAUUCAUGUUGGCAAGAGGGGUUGCACUAUUUAACCCUAUCCUUAUAAAUGCCACCAAUGUCAUUAUUGAAUUUAACGUUACUGUAGUUCAUUACUAAGGUGCUAUUUACAAACUCAAUUCUCAUCGAUUGUGAAAAUGUCAUGGUUCUGCUCCACUUGAUUAGAAUAAAUGUACGAGAAUAAAUUAAAAUUGUCAUACUUCAUCAUUGUACUUUAUUGUUAUAUUACAAAUAAAGAUUAAAUUCUUAGCUACAAA